UAUAUUAUCCUGCAAGAUUAAGAUCUAGGUCCAUCCUCUUUAGUUAAAACUGGACAUGAAGGAGGGAUUAUAAUGAGAUCCCCUGAGAAUUAGAAAAACAAUAAAAUUAGCAAACCGUCAGACAGACUGCUGUAAAAGCUCUCAAGGGCUUGAUAACAGAAGCAACCUGUACCCAUAUUUCUAGAACAGUUCCAUAUGUCUUUUUUAGAUAUCCUUUGUGCACUGAGGCAAAGAAAAGAACAGAAGGACCAUACCUUAAUUGCACUUGAACAUUGAUUCCAGAUGGAUGUUACUUACAACAAUACAUAUCUUAUACUUGGAGGGCAUGUACAGCUUGCAAAAUAUAGAUAUUUAUAUUUCUCAAUGUCACUCCUGCUCUUCAUUUUAAUUAUCUGCAGUAAUACCGUUGUUUUAUAUGUCAUCUAUGCACACGAAAGCCUUCAUAAACCCAUGUAUGCUUUUGUUGCUGCUUUGCUGAUGAACGCCCUGUUUGGAAGUAUAAGCGUCUAUCCAAAACUUCUUAUAGAUCUGCUGUCAGCAACCCAAACUAUAUCCCGUCCUGCCUGCCGGCUACAGAGUUUUUUGGUAUACGUGUAUGGUGGUUGUGAAUUCACACUGUUGUCAGCGAUGGCUUUUGAUAGGUAUGUAUCCAUAUGCAGACCUCUCCAAUACCACUCCCUUGUCAGGACACAAACUGUCAAAUUAAUUUUGUUUUUGGCCUUUUGUAUACCUUGUUGUAAAAUUGGAAUUGCUACUAUUUUGUCAGCUAAUGUAGGUCUAUGCAAGUUUGUAUUGAUGAGAAUUACUUGUGAUAUCUAUUCCCUUGUCAAAGCGGGGUGUGGGGACUCAACUGUAAGCAAUACAUAUGGGCUUUCUGUAAUGGUGCUUUCUAUACUUCCACAUGUAAUAUUUAUUGCCUUUUCUUACACAAGAAUAUUGUCUAUUUGUCUGAGGAGCUCCAGGGAUUUCAGGAGAGGAGCUCUUAACACGUGUCUCCCCCACCUAGCUAUAUUUCUGAACUUCACCAUAAUUGCUUCGUUUGAAGUCAUUCAAAAUCGUAUUCCUUCUGGCAUACCGCAUAUUGUUCGUCUUAUAGUGUCUCUCCUGUAUGUUGUGAUUCCUCCUAUCUUCAAUCCUCUAAUUUAUGGACUUAAAAUGCAAGCGAUAUCUCAAUGUCUUGUAGCACUAUUCAAGCUGAAAUAACUGUAUUAGACAGACAACAGGCUACAAGAAAGAGGACUUUUAGAACGGGACGGGAGGGGAGUUUUUUUGGUGGUUUUGUUUUGCUCUCUUUUGCUCUUUUCUUUGCUCUCU